GUUGACAUGUCGCUGCUGAAAGGGCAGUAACCCUAAAAGCUGCACUCUGUACAGACAGUACGUCAACAUGGGGGACCCGGUCACGUACACUAACUGGAUAAGUAACCACACUGACAACUUUGUGAGCCAUAACCUUGAGGAUUGCAUUGCCCUAAUCCCAUACAGAGGUGGCGUCUGGGAUGAUAUUCCAUGUGGAAACAGCUAUUAUAACCCCUUCCAAGGUGUACAUGACGGAGGAGAGACGCAUAUAACCCUCUGCGAAUAUGCUGUUGCAACGUCUACUUCGCUCAUUGGGUGAACAAACGACUCCUUCAAGAUUGUGUUGGACGAAAUAAAAUCUUUAAUGGCUGUGCUUGGUUAUUUCUCUCAUUUACUUGAAAAGAUUAACUGACCGCUGAAAACAGCGAAAAAAGUUGGUUAGUAAUUAACAUAUUGGAAUUAAGAACCAGCUCUUAUUAUCAAAACUAUGCGGUUGGUAUGCAAGUGUACAUGCAAUGGGAUAUUUUUAUAUUGUAUAGUUACAAUUUUGUAUGUUAUACAUCCCAUAUUAAUAUGUGUAUGUAAAAAAGAAAGGGAAUUAACAUUUGUGAAAAGUACUUUCACAAAGCAUUGUGCGACACAAGAAUAAAACAAUUCUUCUUUGAGCUUAACAAUAACGUCUGAGCAGGGUGUAAUUGCAAUCAUUUCAUAUGAAAUGAACAAAGCACAUAUUCGAUUUCAUACAGCGUAAAAAUAGUCAAUUAUCAAAUCAUUGAUUCUGUACUUGAACACCGAAGCUUUUUCUUAUACUGCAUCAGUACUGGUGUGAAAAACUACAAAAACAAUCUCAGUAGCCAAAAGUUUAAACAUAAACCACGAUUUAAUGGCACAGAAUAAAAGCCAACAACCUAGAACACAAAAACAAAAAAAUCGCAAACAAGAAACAUGGAACAACAGCACAAAAAUCCACAAACAGCACAGUGCAUAUAUACUAUAUAAAAACCAAGUAGAUAGAUCUAUGUUUAUCAAGGAUUGUUAGGUACCGCCUUAAUUGGAACGGCCAGUAAAAUGUUAAUUAUUUUCCAAUUAUCCAUCACGCAUGUACAUGACCAUGGGACAUGAAAUAUAAAAUUAUAAUCUUUAAAGAACAUGGGAGCUCAUUUUUGAUUACAAGGAGUCAAUCAGACAAAUAAUAGUCCAAAUAAUUGUACGUUGACGGAUUUUUUUUUAGAUUUUUGAUGGCAAAUCCUUCAUGUACAAAUUGUUUAGUAUCAAAAGUGGGUAGUUGUUCCGAUCAGGAUUCCGGGUUAAAGCAUAUAGCGUCUAUAAAAUAACAUAAAAACAAGAAAUAUUACCAGAUAAUGUUAUUUUAUAUUAGUUCUGUACACAAAAAAUAAAUAUCCAACUUAUAAUAAUGAG